AUGAAUAAAUUAUACGUUGUCUCUUUGUUUUUACCAAAUACAUUAGGCUUUGAUUUAGAUGAAACAAAUUCAAUCGAACUUAAUUCACAAAAACUACACCGUAAAAUAGCAAAGCCUAUUCCCCAUUUAAUGCAAAAAUUUGCAUCUUAUUCUAAAGGUUCUCAAGAUAUAAAUUGUGAUACGUCUUUACUUGAGGUUCCAGAAGAUCAGUUUUUUUAUUCUUUAAAUACUACAGAUAUGUUAAAAGAUAAAGAUAAUAUAAAGGAAGUUUUUGAAAAUGAACGAAAAGAAUUGAACCUUCCAAAAAUAUAUUCUCAUAUUUCUUCUUCUGUGGUUACUCUUAGGGAGCCUGUAAAAGAAUCUUCGAGUAUCAUGGCUGAUUAUUCUCAUUCAUCUAUCUUAACAUCAAGAAGACGUCGAACAUCGUUUGAUAUUACUCUCUUUUCAGAAGUAGUAUGGACGAUUGAAUCAAAUGAUCAAAGUAAUUGUGGUCUUGGGAAUGCAAUUCGUGCAGCUUAUGAAACGGGUAAUUUAGAAGAAUAUAUUUUUAUUGGGUUACUAGGGAUACCUACAGAUUCUCUUUCUGUUGUAAGAAAGUAUGAAAUUGAACAAAAGUUUGUAAAAAAUUAUCGGAGUAUUCCUAUUUUUGUUUCAGACAAAGAUUUUGAUAAUCAUUAUAACUAUUGUUGUAAACAGGUUCUUUGGCCUUUAUUCCAUUAUCAAGUACCGGAUAUUUCUAAAUUUAAAGUACAUCAGAAUUAUUUUUGGAAUCAUUAUAUUGCCUUAAAUCAAGCUUUUGCAAAUAAAAUUAUAGAAAUAUAUAAAAAGGGUGAUAUCAUUUGGAUUAAUGAUUAUCACCUACUCUUAGUUCCUCAAAUGGUACGUCAAAAAUUACAACAUGCGAUGAUAGGCUUUUUUUUGCAUAUAUCAUUUCCAUCAUAUGAAGUAUUUCGUUGUCUUUCUGUUAGAAAACAGCUUUUAGAAGGUAUUUUAGGGGCUAAUGUUAUUGGUUUUCAAACUGAUGAAUAUGCAUAUCAUUUUCAUGAAACAUGUACUAAAUUACUUAAUGCUGAAACAUUACUCCAAGGUAUAAAAUUUGGAUCAUUGUUUAUUAAUACAAUUAAUCUUCCUAUUGGUAUUGAUCCUAAAAAUUUACAAAAAAAAAGAUCAUUACCUUCUGUAAAUGCUUGGAUAUCAUUAUUGAAAAAAAGAUAUGCAGGGAAAUCUUUAAUUGUUGGACGAGACAAAAUGGAUGAAAUUAAAGGAAUGCGUCAAAAAUUACUUGCUUUUGAACUUUUUUUAAGCAAACAUCCUGAAUGGAGAGAAAAGGUUGUUUUAAUACAAGUUGCUCUUUCUACUAGUGAAGAAAAUGAAACUCAGCUACAGAUUUCAAAUAUUGUGACAAGGAUCAAUUCUACAUAUGGAAAUUUAUCUCAACAACAUCAACCUUUAGUAUUUCUUAGACAAGAUAUUACAUUCUCACAAUAUCUUGCUCUUUUAACAGUUGCAGAUAUCCUUUUGGUUACUAGUUUAAGGGAAGGGAUGAAUCUUACAAGUCACGAGUUUGUAUUUUGCCAAAAUAAAAAUUGUGGACCCUUAAUUAUAAGCGAGUUUGUUGGAAGUGCUACUCGUUUCAAAGAUGCUGCAAUUAUAAUAAAUCCAUGGUGUUUUGAGCAGGUUUCUAAUGCUAUUUUUAAGGCACUUACUAUGCCUCAUGAAGAGCGUUUACUACGUUGGAAUAAACUUUCAAAUACUGUUAUGCAUAAUGAUGCUGCAAAUUGGGCUAUAAAUUUUGUUAAUGGGAUUAAAACUAGUUUAUCUUUUGAAUAA